AUGGUUUCAAGUCUAGAAGAGUUGAGUAAGAAGAUUCGAGACAACAGUCAAGGACUAGCAGCAAGAAAUUCCUUAAAACCUUCCUCACUGACACUUCAACCUCCACCAUCAAAUGCUACCUUCCCUGCAUUAAACUCUGCCCAGCGUGCAGCAGGGUCUUCACUAUCCCCUUCACUUACCACCACACCUUCUCCUCAAGCACGUGCACGCCAAAAGGUAGUCCUACAACCAGGCCACUCUCCAUUGGACUGGGCAAACUUGAAUCGAACACAACCAAAGCAUCUAUUGAGAGGUGUUGAUCCGUCUACACCUCCUCCUCAAUACGUAAAAGUUAACAAGGAAGAGUUGAAAAAGCACAAGAGUCGAUCCGAUUGUUGGACAUGCAUAAAUGGGAAGGUUUUUAAUAUAACUCCUUAUAUAAAUUUCCAUCCAGGUGGAGUCGAAGAGAUAAUGAAAUGUGCCGGCAGAGAUGGAACCAGCUUGUUUAACAAAUAUCACAGUUGGGUUAAUGCUGAUCGAAUGUUGGAGAAUUGCAUAAUUGGUGUAUACGUGAAUUAG